AUGGCCGACCCGAACUCAAAGCUCCAGUCGCUCUUCGGCAAGAACAAGAACAAGAACAAGAAGUCCACGACCGUCAAUGCCAAUGUCAUUGUCAAGACAAGUGCCCAGAAUGCCGAGCGUGCUGCCGCCGCGGUUGCUGCUGCUGCAGAGGCCGCCGCGGUGCCAAAAGCUGCCGCGCCUGCUGCUGCUGCUGCCUCUGCAACCGGCAAGAAACUGUCCGACUUGUCAUUGACUCGAGCUGAUGACGAGGCUGAAAAGACGUCUUUUCAGUGGGCCAAGCAGCCCAAGAAGUACAAGAAUCUCGAGGGCAAGGAAGCAGUGCCGACAACGUGGGCCGAGCAGGAAAACCGCAAUCGUCUGAAUCGCCGCCUGCAGCUGGACAAUGAACGUGCGUUCCCGUCGUUGGGCGUAGAAGUUGAUGGUGCCAAUGCUCCACUCAAGAAAAACAUGAAGGCGCCAGUUGCCAAGGCCGUCGAGACGAAAAACGCCUGGGCGUCGCUGCACGAUGAUGAAGAUGAGGACUAG